AUGCUCUGGCCGCUCGUCGUCGCCACGGCGUACGCCCAGCCGACGCUGCUCGUCGCGUGCUGCGCCGGCUCCGGCACGACGAGCCUCCACCGGCUCCUCGUGAGCCACGGCUUCGACGACGGCGGCCGCAAGGAGCACCAGUGGUACCGCUUCUGGCGCGGCAGGGUGGCCGAGCUCCAGGAGCUCUGCGCCGUGGGCAACUGCGCGUCCUUCGCGCCCGCGCAGCAGCCGCCGGGCUUCCUCGCGCGCGGCCGCGCGGCGCUGGCCGCGCUGCCCGGCGGCGGCGGCGUCGGCCUCGUCGACCGCCGCGGCGUCGCGUCGCGGCCCGGGGGCCUCGGCGGCGGCGUCUGCGGCCCGAGCGCGGCCUGCGACGCGUCGGAGCUCUUCCAGUCGACGGCGACGGGGGACUUGGACGACUACGCCGGCCGCUGGACCUCGGCCGGCCCGCGCGUCGACGCGGAUCCGCUGACCUUUGGGGACGCGUGGGGCGGCUUCGUCGCCUACGCGGAGGCCGUCGCGGCCCAGGUCGCCGCGGACCACGGCGCCGGCCUCGACGUCGUGCUCCUGCUCCGAGAGCCCGCGGACAUCGCCUGCCGGAGCGUCGCCGAGUCCGUCUUCGUCAAGGAGCCCGUCGGCGCGACGCCGCGCGAUCGCGCGCGCGCGCUCGGCGCCUGCGCGCGCGCGGUCCUCGACGGGCGACCCGGCGGCUGCCCCGCGGGCUUCCUCGACGGCCUGCGGCGCUACGACUACGCGGCCCACGUCCGGGCCAUCCGCCGCCACCUCCCGAGAACGCGCGUCGCGCUUAGCGCCGACCUCCGGCGGCCGGCGACGUUCGCGGCGACGUUCGCGGCCGUCGCCGGCGUCGCGCCGCGCGACGGCGCGCCCGCGCUCGAAAACGCCCUCGCGGCGCGGCUCGAGCCCGAGGACCGCCGCGUCGCGGAGCGCGGCAUCGCCGAGUGCGCGGCGCUCCUGCGCGACUCGACCCUGUUCCGCGGCUUCGCGGACGACCUCGCCGCCGACGCCGGGGACGACAAGUGGACUUGGGGCGACGCCUCUUGCGGCGUGAUGAUGUGUCGGUGCGCGCACGUGCCGCUGGCGCUGGCGGCCGCCCUCGUCGGCGCGCUCGUCGCGCCGCCGCGCCCGCCCGCCCGCCGCACGCGCCUACGAUCCAUGCGCGAGUUCCGCGCGGCGGAGGUGACGCUCGAGCGCUUCAUCGGCGAGCUCGGCGUCGUCGAGGUGACGGACUGGGAGUACAGCGGCGAGCUGGCGAACCCGCUGGACCCGGCGCAGCCCGCGCGGACGAAGCGCGACUUCGCGGCCGACGGCCCGCCCGUGCGCCUCUUCCUCGCCGCCGUCGACGACCCGGGCGCGCGGGCUCGCGGCGAGGACACGCGCGUCGCGCUCCGCGAGUACAGCGGCACCGCGGCCGCCGUCGCGGCGCGCGAGCUCGAGACGCAGCGCGGCGGCGCCCGGGGCGUCGUCGCAUUGCGGGGCACGCUCGACGACGACGAGCGCGGCUUCUUCGGGUCCGGCGCCGCGCAGGACCCGGCCUUCGUCGAGGCCUGGGUCGCGAACCUCGGCACGGAGCCGCCCAAGGUCGGCGCGUCCUGGCUCAUCUUCGACUGGAGCGGCACGGCGACCGUCGCGAACCUGUGCGGGCCCAAGACCGCGCGCGGGAACCCGCUCUACGCGCCGCCGCCGCCGCGCCGGGGCUUCGGCUUCGGCGGCGGCGGCGGCGCGGCCUGGACGUUCCGCCAGCGCUAUUCCUACGUGCGCGCCGUCGCCCGGGGCAUGGUCGAGGCCCUGGCGCGGCUCCACGAGAGCGGCUUCAGCCACCGGUCGCUGAGCGCGGCGGCGUUCGCGCUCGACUCGAAGGGCCAGGACAAGAACGUGCUGCCGACGAACGCGCCGCUCCUGGAGGUGAAGCUCCAGUUCCUGGGCUUCUCCGAGGCGGCGACGGCGGCGGAGAUCAACGACGACCUCAACGCGCUCGGCUACGUGCUCCUCGAGCUGCUCCUGUCGCCCGCGCUCGCGGACGACGACCUCGUCGACCCGCCGGCCGCGGACCAGGACACGCUCAAGCGCCUCUGGGACGACAUCUUCGACCGGGACAUCGCCAAGCUCCGCGACUACGCCGACGCGGAGGAGGGCUGGCGCAACGCCGUGGACCUCCUCGACGCGAAGGACGGCGCGGGCUGGGACCUCCUCGCGACGGCGCUCAACGCGAACGACGCGUCGAAGCGCUCGGGCCUCUCCUUCCUCUCGGCGCGCGCCCUCCUCGACAGCCCCUUCUUUAAGCGAAUGCCGUCCCUGCGCCUCCUCGCGCUCCUCGCCGUCGCCGGCGACGCCUUGGUCGCGACGACGCGACGAGCCGCGCCCGCGGUCGCGCGGCGGUCGGCGACGCACACCAUCGAGGCGCGCGAGGUCGAGGGCCCGCUGGAGCCGCUGUCCAACUACCUGCUCGUCAAGGUGGACCCGAUCAAGGACACGUCGGGCGGCGGCAUCAUCCUCGGGUCCGCGUCGGAGCCCGCGAGCACGGGCGAGGUCGUGUCCGCGGGCCCCGGCCGCGAGGACCCCGAGUCGGGCGUGCUCCUGCCCGUGCAGUGCGCCGUGGGCGACCGGGUCAUGUGGGGCCGCUACAGCGGCGCGAACGUGCGCUACGACAACGCGGACCACACGCUCCUCAAGGACCGCGACGUGUCCAUGGUCUGGACGGGCGACCUCGCGGCCGACUCGGUGCGGCCCAUCGGGUCGAACGUCCUCGUCAAGGUCUCGGAGAACGCCGGCGCGACGGCGUCGGGCCUGCUGCUGGGCCUCGGCGCCCAGGACAAGAUCUCGCUCACGGGCGAGGUCGUCCAGGUCGGCCCGGGCAAGCUCCUCCGCGGCGGCGGCCGCGGGCCCGUGCCCGUCGCCGCGGGCGACUCGGUCCGCUUCCGCGACUACGACGUCGUCGAGGUCGUCAUCGACGGCGAGGAGUACGCCCUCGUCGGCACGGAGCACGUCAUCUGCAAGUGGACGGCCUGA